CCCUUUAGGACAGCUCAUUGGUGCUCUCGGUCACAUUGUGUGGAGCCGAUCCAAUUGGAAAGCUGCUCAUUCUGCAACAAGUGCACCAGAGACCGUCGAGAGGUGCAGUUAUUGAGCCUCGCAGCCCGUUGGAAACUUGUUCUUGCAACGGUUUAAAUGGCGAACGCUGGUCUUGAAAUUCUGGGGCUCGCCUUGGGAGUGUUAGGGUGGCUGGGAGCCAUCAUAACCUGUGCCCUGCCCAUGUGGAGAGUGACCGCUUUCAUUGGGAACAACAUCGUGGUGGCGCAGAUCAUCUGGGAAGGGCUUUGGAUGAACUGCAUUGUUCAGAGCACCGGGCAGAUGCAGUGUAAGGUGUACGACUCGCUGCUGGCCCUCUCGCAAGACCUGCAGGCUUCCAGAGCUCUGACCGUCAUUGCCAUUGUGGUGGGAGUCCUGGGCAUUCUGAUCUCCAUCGUCGGAGCCAAGUGCACCAACUGCGUGGAAGACGAGGCGACGAAAGCCAAGAUAAUGAUCGUGGCUGGAAUUAUCUUCAUCCUUUCUGGGCUGAUGAUCCUGAUCCCAGUGUCCUGGUCUGCAAACACCAUCAUCAAGGAUUUCUACAACCCACUGGUGACGGACGCCCAGAGGAGGGAGCUUGGAGCCUCCUUGUACAUCGGUUGGGGGACCUCGGGUCUGCUGAUCCUCGGAGGGGCUCUGCUCUGCUGCUCCUGCCCUCCCAAGGAUGAGAAGUACGUGCCUUCCAGAAUGGCUUACUCUGCCGCCAGGUCCACAGGUCCCACUGGGUAUGACAGGAAGGACUAUGUGUGAGAGGGCAUCAGGUUGCCCAGCUCGCCCUCCCCAGGGACUCAAGCGGCUUUCCUGAACCCCUAAAGAGUUAUCGCUUUGGGGUGAAUCUUGUCUCAGAUUUUAUUGUCUAUUUUUUAAGGAGAAAAAAAAAGUUCAGAUAUUGCUAGCUUUCCAUUUCAUUUACUGUUAAACCUAAGCAAUGUUAUCGUGGAUGUGUGUGUCUAAGUCUUUGUACAUGUCGGUCUGGUCCAUUUCACCAGUUGGUAGAACAGAGUUUGAUUGUGAUUCGUGUAUUUGUGUCUCCUGGGGUUCGCGGGGGGGAAAGGGGGGGUUACUCUCUCUCUCUGGGACUUGGCGCCGCCCCUGGUCUCCUGAAUCCGGGACCAUGUCAUGAGCCCGUCUCUGUGAUUGACACUGAGUGGCACCAAUUAAAAAGUAACAUUACUGGAAACACACAGCAUGGAUAGGUCAACAUGAAGAAAGGGCAAGAGUGUGGGGAAGGUUGCCACUGAAUCGCUCUGCUGUGCAUUACCAGAACUGUGUAGUUUUUCUUUAUCAAUGAGUAACAGGCGGAAAGGAUGGGGGAGGGUUGCCCUCAGGGGCCAAAGCGAGGCAGGAGUCAUCCAGUACAAAUAUAUUGGAAAAUGGAUGUUAAUCAAUAAACUUUAGAGAAACAUAUUCUUUUAAUGACGAGAUCAUGUGAAACUCGGUGAGCUGAGAUUAGUUGAGGUGGGACAAAGAGCUUGGGUUUAUAAACGCUGCAGACGCACCAAGUGAUUGAAAUGUUUUGAGUUGCCUCAGACUGGGACCUGGCUCCAGAGAAUCCAAUUAACAUUCUAUUGCCUGAUACUAUAUCAUAUACACCAGUAAGCAUGUUUGAACACUUUAGCAGGAUGCACCUUAAGAAAUAGUUAGGUCUGAAGGUACCAAUAACGUCCAACCACCCAGCCAGCUACUCCACCCAGUCAGCACUUCUCCCUGUCUCAUUAUCUACAUUCCAGGGAAAUGAGUCCAGAUUUAGAAACUGAAAGUCUGCUCCUAUUUGUUUACUCAGGAUUGAAGGAAGACCGUGAGCUGUCAUUCCCCAACAACUCCCAUUCCCUCCAGUUUUAUCAUCUUCCUUUGUCUCUUUCUCUUUCCCCCUUCCUCCACCUCUUAACGAUCUAUUGUCUUGCCUUUUGUCUUUCCCAGCUUGACUUUCCUCUCUGUUCCCCUUUGUAUUUAUCAUUCAGUUGCUUUCUCUUUUUCCUUAUUUCAGCUGUUCAUGCAGUCUCUUUGUCUUGCCUUAUCAAUGAUCUCUCUUUCUCUUUGCCUCUCAUCUGUUUUGCAAUUACAUAGAAUUUUACCGCACAGCCAGGCCAUUCAGCAGCACUGUGCCAGUGCUUGUGUUCCAGAGUGAAGCUUUACCACCCUUGGUUUGUCCAAUCCUAUCACCAUAUCAUGUAUAUUUUUCUCCCUCUUGAACUCAUUUUGUUGUUUUCUGCUAUUUCCCCCUCUCUUCCCAUAUUUAUUUUGCCUUGCCCUCUUUCGACAGGAGAAUUUGGAGGUGAAGCUACUUAUUUGCCACUACUGUUUUCAUUUUUGUCAGUAUUUGUUGUGAGUACAAAGCUCAAACAAAGUAAGUUUGUUGAGGUGCUGUAAUGCAUUCUGUAGGUAGCACAAACAGAUGCUACAGUGCAAUGGUAGUGCAAGUAUGGGUAUUGAUUCCAAUGGCCAAUCAAAUAAUCUCUAAAUUAAUUUUUCCUCCAACCAUGCAGUGUUGCAUAAAGGAAUUAAAAAAAAGUUUCGCACCCUUACCCUCUGACACUGGAUAGUGUAGGUGACCUUUCUACAAAGAUUCUCACAGGUUCUCAGUUGGGAUCUAUGAUUCAGGAGAUAUCAUUAUCCUCCAAUCAUGCUUGGUCCUGAAUGACAAGUGUUUCCUUCGUCAGGACCAACAUACUUAUCUUGAAAAGCCAUUACCAAAGAGUUGACAUUUUGUAGGUGAAUAGACCUCAAAAUUGAAUCAUAGAAUCCCUACAUUGUGGAAGCAGGCCAUUUGGCCCAUCAGCUCCACACCAACCUUCCGAAGAGUAUCCCACCCAGACGCACUCCAUCCCUGUAACCCUGCAUUUCCCAUGGCUGAUCCACAUAGCCUGCACAUCCCUGGACACUAUGGGCAAUUUAGCACAGCCAAUCCAUCUAAUUUGCAUAUCUUUGGACUAUGGCAAGAAACUGGAGCACCCAGAGGAAACCCACACAGACACGGGAGAACAUCCAAACUCCACACAGACAGUCACCCGAGGCUGGAAUCAAACAUGGGUCCCUGGCCCUGUGAGGCAGCAAUGCUAACUAUUGUGCCAUCGUACCGCCCUAAUUGAUUACUUGGACACACCUCAGAUUCACUCACCUCUACCAGCUAGAAUACUAUAUGGAAACAGCACCAUCCCUCUUGGUAUAAAGAGAUGACACAAAUAAAGAAAUAAUAUAACAGUGCCCAUUAUGACCUAGUGUUUAGUCCUAGUUAACUCUGAGGUUUCAGGCAUCUCUCAAAGGUACCUAGUCAGAAGGUUAUAAUCUUAACUUACUUUCAUGAAGUUGAGUGUAUUUUUCCAAAAAUAUACUUUUAUUAAGAAAAGUACACUCUAAAAUAUUUUGAAUCUCAUCAUGUAAUCAAAUCCCAUGUUUCUUCAUUCAGUGUAAUUCAUUUUGAAGUGCUUCUAUAAAAUGGAAAUGUCAAGAGUUUUUAAAAUAUUCAUUCCAUGUCAAACGUAUAACCCGAGGGCAAAGCACCUCAAAUGAAAUAAUACAGAAAGUGCAAUGGAAUUUAACUUUUCUCCAUACAACAUGUUCCACUGUAAGAUGCCCGAAUAAACCACAAACUUGAGCACACAAUAUUUUGGAACAAUGCUGUUGGAGGGUUACAAUGUCAGUGGUGUUGUCCUUCAAAUGACAUUACAUUGUGGCCUUGCAUGCCCUGUAAAAGAUCUAAUGGUGCUAUUCACAGAAAAGUGAUAGUCACUGGGUGUCAUAGACAGUAUUUAUCCAUCCACCAACAAAACUAAAACAAUGAUCUUGUCACUAUCUUGCUGAUUAUGGAACCUUGCCAGGUGCAAAUUGGUUGCUGUGUUUCCCAUGGUACUGUUCAUGUCACGAUUGCGUCAUUGUUAUAAAGUGUUUUGAGACAUUGUGAAAGAAGCUUAAUAAAUACAAGUUCUCAUUUUGAUUCUUGCUGGGCUUCACCCAGUGUAAUAGCAAUUGAUAUCAGAAACAUUUUCCUACAUGUUCUUGUGUUGUGUUUGACUUUUACUGUUUGCAAUUGUUUUUAAUGACCCAAUGCUAUAAAUAAUAAAAGCACAAGCACAG